AUGGCCGAAAGGGGAAAGAAGUUACAACGGAAAUUUGUAGGACCUUAUAAGGUUACCCAACACGUGGGAAAUGUAGUGUAUAAGUUGGAACUACCACCGAGUUUGUCUCGGAUCCACAACGUUUUUCAUGUAUCCAUGCUUAAGAAAUAUCACCCAGACCCUCCUCAUAUCUUGCAAUCGGAAAAUAUUGAAAUUGAUGAGGCGCUGACCUAUGAGGAGAAACUGGUAAAGCUUCUAGAUCUUAAGGUGAAAGAACUGAGGAACAAGCGGAUUCCGUUGAUGAAAGUUCUUUGGAGGAACCAUGGACAAGAGGAAGCAACCUGA